AUGCCGACAUAUCACGGCUCCUGCUCCUGCAGGAACAUCGAAUACGAUCUAUCGCUUUCCUCUCCAGAUGACGCACGAACCUCGCUGUGUCACUGUCGAAACUGCAAGAAAGCAUUCGGCACCAACUAUGGCCUUACAGCGAAAGUCCUAAAAGACGCAAUCACAAUUGUCCGUGGAAGAACCAAAGAACACGUUGCGGAUAAUGGGUCGGGAGUUAUUAUUCAUCGGGAAUUUUGUCCGGAGUGCGGAAGUUUUAUUCUGGAGUAUGGGGAUGCGGUGAAGAAUGAAUUUCGAUAUGUCUGCGUAGGGUCUUUGGAUGAUCCGGAAGCCUUGCCGCCCAAGGGGGAGUUCUUUUGUAGCGCGAGGGCGAGCUGGAUGCCGGAGAUUCCUGUAUAUUAA